AUGGAUGUUUAUGAAUUAGAUGGCUCUAAAGGUGUUACUGUUUCAGUUGGUGCUCAAUUACCACAAAAUUUUUCAUUAAUAGUACAAAAUAAUGGUGUUCAAGAACAAUUUGCUGAAAAUGUUGGUUUCCAAGAUUUGGCUCCUCCAUCAUAUGCUCAAUCAGGUGCUGCUAUGUCAGUGAUUAGAAAUGAAGGUGAAUUAGAACAUAAAUUAGAUAAUGCACCAAAAGUUUCACCAGAUCAUACAGUCAUUAUUUCCAAAUUCAUCAAAGCUGCACAAACAAUUGAUUUUGAUACAGCCGCCGCUGCUGCUAAUGGUAAACUUUUAGUUCUUGAUAUUUUAGAACAUGUUGAAAAUGCAGGUAUAAUUCAUUCAGGUGAUGCUACAUUACUUUCAAACUUAUUACAAGAUAUUUUUUUCUGGAAAAGAAUAUAA